AUGAGUGAUGGGAUCAGUGAAGUGCAAUUCGAAAUUGCGAACGAAGAAAAAUCACCCGUUCGAUUUCGUGUUUUUGAUGUCAGUGGUCAGCGUGGAGCACGAAAAAAAUGGAUCCAAUUUUUCGACAGCGUCACUGCUAUCCUGUUCGUUGUCGACUGUGGUAGUUUCGAGCAAACCUUGCGUGAGGACCACAAUCAGAACCGACUGAUGGACUCAUUAGAAGUAUUUGAACAAGCCUGGAGUAACAAAUCGACAGGGCAACAUGAGGUGGGUACAUAUCGAUACAGUAUUGCGUCUAAACCGCCGGAAAACCUGAUCCGUGACGCAAUGUCCAAUGAGGGUCGGCUAUCAUCAGCUAGACAAUUUGAUGUGGCCUGUUUCCAAACAUCAGCACACCUGCGUGCCGAAGAGUCAUAA